UUCGGACACAAAAGUCGGCCUUCAAAGGAUUUUCACCUGCUGUUACCAAUAAGAAAAAGAACAGAAGGAUUUCACUUUGCUAUAAUACGCACCCUCACCGCCAAAUACCAGCCAGAGAAAAUUCCGAGAAACCCAGAGAAGAGAAGUCACCAAGAAAGGAAAGGAAAAGAAAAGAAAAGUUGAAUACAGAACAAUGCAGCGGGAUCGUCAGGAUCAUGGAUCGAGGUCUUCCAAGCCCGCUACCAUUCAUAGCUAUGCCCAAUCCGGGGAUCUUCUUGGGUUCCAAAGGUUACUCAGAGGAGACCCUUCUCUCCUCAAUGAAAGAAACCCUGUUAUGGCACAGACUCCUCUUCAUGUAUCUGCUGGUUACAACAGGGCUGAUAUAAUUAAAUUUCUUCUUGAUUGGCAAGGAGCAGAGAAGGUUGAAUUGGAACCUAGGAACAUGUAUGGAGAAACUCCAUUACACAUGGCAGCAAAGAAUGGGUGCACUGAAGCUGCACGAUUACUUCUUGCUCAUGGUGCUUUUGUUGAAGCCAAAGCGAAUAAUGGAAUGACACCAUUACACCUUGCAGUUUGGUACUCAAUUAGAGCGGAAGACCACUCAACUGUCAAGACUUUGCUGGAGUAUAAUGCUGACUGCAGUGCAGAGGACAACGAGGGCAUGACUCCUCUGAAUCACCUCUCACCAGGUCCAGGAAGUGAGGAGGUGCGUAAACUACUGCACUGGCAUCUUGAAGAGCAGAGAAAGAGAAAAGCACUUGAAGCAUGCUCUAAAACAAAAGCUAAGAUGGAUGAACUUGAAGAUGCUUUAACAAAUGUAGUGGGGUUGCAUGAACUCAAGGUGCAAUUGAGAAAAUGGGCAAAGGGGAUGCUUUUGGAUGAGAGGCGCAGGGCCCUUGGUAUGAAAGUUGGUAUGAGAAGACCGCCUCAUAUGGCUUUCUUGGGAAGCCCUGGAACAGGUAAGACCAUGGUAGCUCGAAUACUUGGAAGACUACUCCAUAUGGUGGGAGUUCUACCUACUGACAAGGUAACGGAAGUACAACGAACAGAUUUGGUUGGCGAAUUUGUUGGUCACACUGGUCCCAAGACUAGACGAAAGAUUGCAGAAGCAGAGGGAGGAAUUCUUUUUGUGGAUGAAGCAUAUCGCCUUAUACCAUCGCAGAAAGAAGAUGAUAAGGACUAUGGGAUUGAAGCGUUGGAAGAAAUCAUGUCUGUUAUGGACAGCGGAAAAGUCGUAGUCAUAUUUGCUGGCUAUAGCGAACCAAUGAAGCGUGUGAUAUCUUCUAACGAGGGUUUCUGUAGAAGGGUUACCAAGUUUUUCCAUUUUAAUGACUUUAGCUCUAAAGAUUUAGCAAAUAUUUGCCACAUCAACAUGAAUACUCAGGACGAAGGCAGUCCGCUGUAUGGUUUUAAAUUACAUCCUUCAUGCUGUGUAGAUGCCAUUGCUGCCUUGAUAGAGAGAGAAACAACAGAAAAACAGCGUAGGGAAAUGAAUGGAGGCUUGGUAAAUACCAUGCUAGCUAAUGCUAGAGAGAAUUUGGAUCUCAGGCUUGAUUUCAACUGUUUAGAUACUGAUGAACUGCAGACCAUCACCUUAGAGGAUUUGGAAGCAGGUCUUCAACUGUUAUAAUCACGAUAAGGAAAGGAUGUUGUAAUAUAUUUUUAGUAGCCUGGUAGGAUUUCAUUGUUUUCACCGGUUUAUAUAUUAUCCGUAUCCUACAGCUGUCUUGAGGAUCCAAGUUUGUCCGAGAUUUUUUACUCAUCCUGUCAUGUUAGAUGUUGUUAGGUCAACAAAAACAGGGAAAUGUCCUAAUGAUCGGUUUUCCCUCUAUUUCUCAUUAAUUCAUUCAUUUGGCCAGUCAUUAUGUCUGUGCCAUCAUGUAGUAAUCUUUUUCAACUUUUGGUUACGGAUUUCUGUGUAUUCUUUCUGUAAUUGCAAACUGUUGGCAUUGGUAA